AACAGCCACGACUUCAUGGAGACGUUGAAUCAACAUUAAACUUCCACUGAAUUCAUUUCCUUUCCAGCUAUUUAAUACACAUUGGAUUUUACAAUUCAAGAUUGUUAUUAUACCCAAUUUAUUUAAACUUAUUUCAUUAAUUUGUUGGAUAUCAACUUAAAUAAAAAUUAAAGAUAAAUAGAAGUGGGAUGUCGACGGCUGCAAGGAAGAUCGUGGUUGCUGUUGACCCAAGUGACCAGGCUGAACAGGCAUUCCAAUGGUACCUUUCAACAGUGCAUAGGCCGGAAAAUGAGGUCAUACUGCUCUUCAUCAACGUCACUUCCUCUGCCGCAGAGUCCAGCGAGGACACGCCGAAGAAGGAACCGCAGACAGUGAAGAGCAUGGAGGACAAGUACAAUGGAUGGAUCCUCGAGAAGGGGAUCAGCGGUCGCAUGCGGACAGAGAGUGGAUCGAAGAAGGGCGAAACAAUCUGUCGCGUGGCGGAAGAGGAGGAUGCCACGAUGAUCAUUGUGGGCACGAGAGGGCUGGGCAAGGUGAGAAGGACCAUCAUGGGAAGUGUCAGCGACUACGUGGUCCACCAUGCCCCAUGUCCGGUCAUCGUUUGCAGGCAAAUAACUUGAAGAAUAUUAUACUUUGAACCAACAAAAAGUGUUGUUUCAGAAUGCGAACGAAGAUUACGUUUAUUUUUUAAUUCACUUUUAAUAUUGAUCUGAAUUAAUUAUAAAAUAAUAAAUUUUUUAUAGUAAAAAUUAUGUGCAGAUAGUAAUCAGAAAGAGUCGUCGUUCAGGUUUUGUUGCGAGUAUAUUUUCGAAAUUUUGUUGGAUUACAAUUCGAUUUAAAAAUGAGUCUCUGAUCUGGUUAUAUUUGAAAAAUAAUGUUGAUAAAUGUUUGCUCUUGAACGCAACGUUUGAACCCUUUGAUUAAAUUUGUUUUUGCCAAGACUUCGGUUGUUCCUUGUUAUGAGUUUAUGUUCAUUUCUCAUUUAUAUUCAUCUAUAUCUUUACAUAAAUAUUAAUAGUUAACUCGCUAAUACCAAUGUGAAGUUUGUCUCCUCCAAUCCUAUACAUUUUUUUGCUCUUCUAUAUUUGUUUGUUUAUAAAGUAAAUGAAUAAAGAACAAAUAUAAUAGUUAAAUAUUAACUAAAUGAACAUGGCGAUCUAAGUGUUUUCGUUACCAAAUUUAAUCAUUUUUAUUUCUGUAGACACCUAGUAGUAGAGUACAUUCAGUUAGUAUUCAAUUAAUUUUAAGAUUGACCUGUUUGCUGAAAAUUUUAUUUCUUGUAAAAGGAAGCUGAAAAUCGUGGAUUUAACUUUCGGGAAAAUAUUUUCUGAGUUAACUUUAAAAUGUUGAAGCUAGUGGCAAUUCGUCUGAUAAUUUGAGAAAUGUCUAUCUACAAACAUCCAUCAAAUAUUUUUGAAAGAAUAAAUUA